CAGUUUUUCGGCAAAAUCAGCACUCCAGUGUAUUAUAUAGCUCAGUGGUUCUUCCAGUGUCUGGCGCACCUGGUCUAGCUUAGAGCUAAGCAUGUUGGCAGAAGACUUGAAUUCAGAUUUCAGAUCUUCCCCGUGCUGCUGAAGCAAUGCGGUGAUAGCCUCCAACGUUAAGCUAGCGUCCUCUUUCUUGCUUCCUUUCGCGCUUUUGCUGGCCAUUACUAGUGGAUAAGUAAGCAAAAGCACUAGACAAGAUGUUUUUGUAUUGUUGGGUAGCGUAGAGUUGGCUUUCCGUGAGUUGGAUUUAGUUAAAAGGCUGGAUUUUUCUGGAGCAGUCCGUUGCUACAUUUAGCCUGCCCUCAUGGCAAACCGGAAGUCAAAAUGAAAAACUUUUAAGCAUUACUAGAUAGCACCAUUGUAUUGCUGUAUUUGUAGCCUGUGGCCCGGUGUGCAAUUUUUGUCACCUGCCAUGCGAAUUUCCGGUGAUAUGUCAGGCAAGCGACAGCAGCACGCAAAAGUGAAGAUGGGAUAAAUGCAGAGGAUGAAUUUCAUUGGAAUGUACACUACCAGUUCAAAUGUUUGGAUUCACCUUUGUCAUUUACUGACAAUUUCUUAUUAUUAUGACUUUGACAUUGCAGAUGCAUAUUGAAAGACAUCAAAAGUAUAUAGAAUUAUGUAUCAAACCAAAAAUUGUGAAAUAACUCUUGUAUCUUGUAUAUUUUAGCUUUUUCUAAAAGCUAAUAAUAAUUGUUGUGUCUGCUUUUCAAGGUAAAAUGCUGGUACUUGACUACAUUCUGGCUGUGACAAAAUCUACAACUAGUGACAAGGUGGUGCUGGUCUCCAACUAUACCCAAACACUGGACCUCUUUGAAAAGUUGUGCAGAUUUAGAAGAUAUCUUUAUGUUAGACUGGAUGGCACAAUGUCUAUCAAGAAAAGAGCUAAGAUCGUGGAAACAUUCAACAAUCCACAAAACCCUGAAUUUAUUUUCAUGCUGAGCAGCAAGGCGGGGGGAUGUGGCCUUAAUCUGAUUGGUGCCAAUCGCCUGGUUAUGUUUGAUCCUGACUGGAACCCAGCCAAUGAUGAGCAGGCAAUGGCUCGUGUGUGGAGAGAUGGCCAGAAGAAGACCUGCUACAUCUACAGACUUAUCUCUACCGGAACCAUUGAAGAGAAGAUCCUGCAGAGACAGGCCCAUAAAAAAGCCCUGAGCAGCUGUGUGGUGGACGAGGAGCAGGACGUAGAGCGUCAUUUUUCUCUGGGCCAACUUAAAGAACUUUUCACACUUAGUGAAGAAACAGCCAGUGACACACAUAACAAGUUUCAGUGCCGUCGCUGUGUAAAUGGCAGAGAGGUCUGGCCGCCUCCAGAAGGUGCUGACUGUACCAGUGACCUUUCCCAGUGGAACCACUGCUUUGACAAGAAGGGACUGAGGGACCAAGUGUUGAAGGCCUCCUGGGAAAAUGCGGUCUCUUUUGUCUUUCAUCAGCGCUCUCAUGAGGAUCAGAAGGGUGUUGUGUACAGUAAAUAAGGAAUCAAACCAGCUGCUUUAAAUGAAUUUCAGAUACUAUGUCCAAUUUUGACUUUUUUCCUUGUUUAAUAAAAAGUGAAGAAAAAAAUGA